CUAAAGAACAGCAAAGCCUCCACCUCUCUCUUCCUCCGGUUCAUUGAUCACCAAUCACCAUGUCCAAGAAGAUCGUGCUCAAGGUGGACAUCACCGCCGAGCGGUGCAAGGCCGGCGCCAUGAGCGUCGUCGCUAAGCUCCCAGGUAUCAAGUCGAUGGCGGUGGACGGCGAGAAGGGGACGCUGACCGUGGUGGGGGACGUGGACGUGGUGUGCCUUGCGAGCGCGCUGCGGAAGGCCAAGUUCACGGCGGUUGUCGUCAGCGUCGGGCCUGAGGUGGAGGAGAAGAAGCCCGAGCCGGCCAAGAAGCCCGACGAACCAAAGAAGCCUGAAACGCCCAAGCCGGCGCCGCCCUGCUGCUGCUCCGGCCCCGGCAAUGCAUGCUGUCCCCGGCCGAUGCCGCCGUACCCUGGCGCGGCCAUCGUGUGCUACGAGGAGCAGCCCGACGGCCAUUGCAUCAUCCUGUGAUUUUGCAAGCUACUAGCGAACUUCCGUGUUCACUUCUAAUUUUUCUGAACUUUUUUGUAUUCACUUUUUGUCGGUUAUUUAUAUGAGGCGUAUCAUAAAUUAUGAUCAUAUUUGGCACUGGAA